AUGAGAAAACAGGGGCGAACAAAAUUGUUGUGGGAAAAGAAAUCAGCUCUAGCUGUUACCUUGCUUUGGGCUGCCAAUAAUAGGAUGUUAAUGUCACGGCUAAAAUCCGAUCCGGCUAUAUUGUAUAAUAGUCCGCUAAAGCCCGAAUUAAGAGUAAAAUCUUUUGAAUUUCAAGUUUUAGACGGCUAUGCGAAUGCUUUAAGUACAAUAUCCAUCAUAUUUAGCCAUUUUAUUCCUCUACGGAAAUUGAUUGAUAUAGAAAUUGAAAAUCUUUGCCUUGCUGCCCUUAUUUUAUCACAUCUUGUCUUAACACUGGCAUCGACACAAGGCGAAGCUGCUAUUAAUUGCAGCGAUCGACCUCUAACAAACGGCAGUAGUAAGGAAGAAGAAUAUAGCGACAGCAAUCUCAAAUUAGCUACUGCUCGAGAGUGUCGUUUAAAAUUGUCUCAAGCUUUAGCAGAAACACCCAUUGCUGAAGAUGUCAAUUUAACAUUGGAGCAAGCUGACGAAAUUUUACAAUAUUUUGUAAUGGCUGCCAUUGCUAAACUGCAAAGAAUAUUAGCUGUUCUCAUCUUGAAGAUGAUUAUUGCAACAAUGGCAUUUAACCUAAGGGCUGAAUGA